AAGCUUUAUCAAGAUAUUUAUGGCUACUGCAUUGGUUUCUGACUUUAAGUUUUUAUCUGAUAAAGCUUGUGAUUCAGCAGAAGAGUUUAGUACUUUGUAUUACAACACUUAUGACAAACAACGGCACCUACUACAGAAGCUCUAUACAGACAUGUCUUCAGUUGUGUGGAAUGGAAACGGGUAUCAUGGUCUUACAAGCAUCAACGAUUUAUUCAUCAAUCUACCAGUUACAUCUCAUGAGCUGUCAACACUUGAUUGUCAACCUAUAUCUUCUGUUGCUUGUCCUGAUAGAACAUCUAUCUUAUUAGUAUGUGAAGGCGCUGUUAAGUAUGGAAAUGAAAAACAAAGAAAGUACUUUACGCAAAAAUUUAUUUUAAUGGAUGUUAAUGGAACCUGGAAAAUUGCAAAUGAUUGUUUUCGGUUUAUUGAUUGAUAAAUGAGUUUCUAUUAUAAAUAUAUUGAUAUAAAAAUUAAA